CAACAAAGAGAUCUUGUAAGAUCUGGAGAAUAUGGAGCUUUGAAAUUCUGUGAUAAUGUAUAUGAGGUUAUACAAUUAGAUGAUGAGCAUACUAGAACACCAUGCCAACAUGUAAUUGUUGUAUAUCUAUUGUGUUUGCAUACUCAUAUUCUACCAAGUGAAAUUCAUCAAUGUUGGCAUGUGCAACAUAGUGUAGAGGUUAAUCGUAUUCCACAGCUUGCUGCUAACAUUUUCAAAAAGUUGCCAGAAUGUCACUAUGAUACUUUAUUGGAUAUUAUACAAAAUGCUUUGAAUUAUAUUUUCAAAGAUAGCAAAAUACCGAAGCUACAAAAGAUUUGA